UACGCAUUUAUUUAUGUAUGCAUAUAUUGCGCGUAAGUCUAUAGCCGUGCAAUGAAACGGUUUGCAUCGUGUUCUUAAACGAAUUAGCACGAUAAACGCGGGCGCCUGAGUACACACGUGAAAUAUUCUCUACACGCUUACAAUUAGAUCUACCCCGCGAGAAUGGAGAAAAAAAACGGCGCUCCAGCUUCAGAUUUACAAAGUGAUUACUAGCGUCGAAAAUCUUCCUUCGCAUGCUCACAUUUAUGUAGUAUAUAUUUAUGUAUAUACAUACAUCAUACGUAUAUACUUGCAGCUGUCUCGCAUGCACGAAUAACGUAGAAGAAAGUUUUCAACAAUCAUUAUGUUCUCCAACUAUAUCUACAUUAUAUUUGGCUCAGCGUUGAUAUCUUUCGCACAUGCCGAGGAUAUCCAAGUUUCCAAACUUUUCAUCCUGUCUAUAACUCCGGAAACAUUCAACUGGAGAAUCGAUGAACGACACGACCAAUUCUUGUACAAACCGUCAUUAUUGAACGCUCCAGAUCUGCCUCCAUGGAUACAUUACACGUACAGUAAGAAAAACCAAAGUGGUUACUUAUACGGAGUCGCGCCAUCCGAGCAAGAUAAUUUAACGCUAGAAGUUGUUGCUUUGAAUAAGAACAAUUACGAAACCAGACAUAAGAUCUUGGACUUCAAUGUCCUAAAGAAAGUAAAUCCUGCCAAAAAUGAGGUCAGACUAAAAAUUGAUAAUCUUAACGUCGACGACAUGUUCAACGUAACUCGGAUCGACCAGUUACUGGAUAUAUUCAAAAACGACUUAUGGAAAGAUGCUUCGGAUCUCUACGUAACAUUUUUGGCAUCUGCGAUCGAAAUGGGAGCACGAUUACCACUGAAACCAGAAGAAGGCGAGGGAGUGGUCAUACGGCUUGGCAGCUCGGCUUCGUUCUCUCAAGAUAUGCUUAGCUUACAGGAAGAAGUGAAACCACUACAAAAAGUAUUGCCUUGCCCUCGAUACUAUAAACGUACAAGUGUUGAGAGAUACUUUCGAUCGAGAGGAUUCAUUCUUGAUUGGUGUUCCUUCAAGUUGAUUGAAGAGCAUCACAGUCAUCAUACGGAGAGUGCGAGACGAGACCCUAACAUGGACGUGACCAGAUUACCGUCUUCAGGACUAUCUGGGCACACCGAAUGGCGUUGGGCGCGGCCUACGAAAGCUGGUACACCGACCAGAAGUUAUUUCAAAGAGAUGGCAACUACCGUUCUUAUUCCUGCCGCUCUGCUAUUUGUUUUGGUUGGCUUCCUCUCAGCCACACUGUGCUUUCACCAUGAUAAAGGAAUUGAUCCCGAGUCACAUAGUUAUUUUCACGAGUUGUUUAACGUUUUCACCGAUCGGAAACAGGCGGCAAGUCCUAAAAGAGAACCCACUCCCGUCGAAGGACUCGGAAAUGGUUCCGAAGUUCAAAUGGUGCAGUAUGCUUCGUCCCAGAGAGGCACUCUGAGAUCUUUGUCAGCACAGCCGUCGAGUCCCAGCGACUCCUUGACGCGUGGUCCAAGGACGACCACCGAGCGUACAAAUCCUUAUGUACGACCGAAUCCGCCGCCAUACAUGGGAUCGAAUAACGUAGGUGGAAACCGAGCUGAUUUCUGACUACACGAGGAGCCGGCAGUGAUGUGGUAUUGCUGAAGAGUGAAGAAAGAA